AUGAACCAUUCAAGUUGCUUCACAGCAGAAGACGGCUCCGUCUCACGUACACAGUCAAUUAUCUCAGUUAAUGUAAACAUGGCCCUACUUGUGUUGGCGUCUCUGUGCAACAUUUCAGCAAAAAUGAUUUUGUUUCGACGCGCACUGCGCGGAAAGAUCAUGGCCCCUUUCAUGAUCAACCUAACUGCGAUCUCUUUGGUACAAUCAACAUUUGGCUACACCCUGACGUUAGGUAUAGGCUCAGUUGAAAGAUCAUCGAAAGGUUACUUUCUGUGUCGGUGGGUAGCCUUCACAGACCUUUUCUCCCAGUGUGCGUAUUCUUUCACCUUGUGCGCGAUGAACGUUGUGUCAAAGCUAGCCUCUGAUCGAUGUUUCCUUGGAGCAUCACAGCAGAUAACAAAGAAAAGCAAAGGGAUAUUCUUCACAGCAUCUUGGUUAUGCUCCAUUGCUUUUAGCAGCAUACUUUUAGGUGAAGAGAGUUUGUCUGUUCCUUCGGCGUCAAAGAGGACGUGCCAUCUGGACUGGGCUUCUCAGGAAACGCAUGUUUUUUUCUUCAACCUUGCUGUUAUCCUCGUGUUUUUUCUUCUGCCCUUAUCUAUAUGCUCCACCAUACAAUAUUUUUGUUCCAGAAUCUGGAAGAACUCUCGCAAUAUAGCAGACCGCACUCGCAGAAGAGGCCUGGCGUAUCGAAGAAAAUCUAACCGUAUGGUAAUUGCCCUAACUCUAUGUUUCUUUGUGAGCCAGCUUCCCCUUUGCAUGGCCAACAUAAUUACUAUGACAACAGGGUGUUACAGCUAUCAAUUUCAAACAGCGUUCAUUUUGGAACUUCUCGCUAAAUCCAGUGCAUAUCAAGCUCCUCUUAUUUACGCUUUUUUGAAUGCUAGUUAUAGGAAUACCUUAAAACAAAUACUCAUGGGCUCCCACGCUGCACAAACAAGGCCAGGUGCUCGACCUGUCGGAAAUAAUCCUCGAGAAGGAAUGGCAGCUACCAAGAAUUGUCAGCAAGGAAGGAGGCCGCACAUGCUUAACAACAAGGUAGACCAGUCACCAAAAGCAACUCAUUCGGCAGACGAGCAACUAAAUGGCAUGGAAGAAACCCCAAACACCCCGAUGAGUCCGAGCUCGACUUAA